AUGGCGCCCGCACGCCAACCGCCCCAGCCGUUCGCGAAGGACGAAAAGGUCCUCUGCUUCCACGGCGAGAUGCUGUAUGAGGCAAAAAUUCUCGACAUCCAGACCGCUGAAUCUGGCGAAGGCUUUCAGUACCGCAUCCAUUACAAGGGAUGGAAGAACACUUGGGACGACUGGGUUUCUAUCGACCGCAUUCGUAAAUUCACUGAGGAGAAUAAGGAGCUGGCCAGCCAGUUGCACGCCCAGAUGAAGGAUCUCCGCCAGAAGAGCAGUGCCAAGGCCCCAAAGAAGGGAGCUCGCGCCAACGGAACCGAUUCAGCCCGCGGUAGUGAGGAGCGGACUGCGGGAGUUGCUGCCAGCGGUCGUGGCCCUCGACGGGCGAGAGAUUUUGAUCUGGAACAGCAAAGAAAUCUUCAUACCCGUGAACCUUCACCAGAGGUUUUCGCUCGAUUCUCGACUUACUACCGCACCCCUGUCAUGGCCGGCCAACAGCAGGUCGUGGAAGAGAAUGAGAACGAAGGAGAAGAGAAGGAUUGCGACUAUCGUCGGCCCGAAUCAUCUACAGACGAGGAGGAAGAGGACUACGUGUACAGGCGUCAGCAGUGGCUGGUUGGCGACGGCAGCCCCUCUAUUGGCGAGGACGAUUGGACCGGAUACGCAGAGGACGGCGAAGCCGAGUCGAGCCAGCCCGCCGGCCUCAGAGACAGCGAAAAUGACACCUCAAGCCACUUCGAAAUCGACCCUCACGACCUUCUCAGAGAACUAGAGGGACGCGACUACAGAGUCGCUGACGAAUACUCUGGCUACGACGGUGUCGACGAGAACGUUCUUCGCCGAGCCGCCGUCCAAGACGACUGUUACGACGGAGACUGCGAGGAUGACGAGUCUUGGUGGUACGAUGAUAUGAACGAUAACGAGGUUCUGGACGACAAUGCAUACCGCCACGACGACUUUCUCGAGUGUUGGGGAGCUGUUGACUGGCACCAAGAGCCAAGGCAGCGCGAGGACGCGCCCAUCUCGCCCCGAACCAGAGCUGGUACUCCUGGCAGCCCUGGCAGCCCUGGCAGCGUUGUCAAUGACUGGAAUGACCUCAGCGAUUCCAGUGACUCCAGCGUUGAGUUCCUCUUUGAAUGUCAAGCCUGGGAUUCGUCAACAAACAGCAGUGGUAGCAGCAUCGACACUCAGCUGUCUUCCUUCUCCGACACUUCAAAGCGUGAGAGGUCGGAAUCGCUAGAGGCCCUGCAAGAUUCAGUCCAGGUAAACUCGCUGUGUCGCGCAGUCAUUCACCGCGAGAGCAACAAGCGAAAGCGGGAGGACAGCGUCGAAUUUCUCUUCGAAUUUGAACGCAACGUCAGACGGAAACACAGCAAUUCGAUCUAA